AUGGCGACGACGGUCAAAGGCAGACUGAUGUCGAGAGAUCCCAACCAGCCAGUCCAUCAUGGACCAAAUGUUGGCGCGAUCGCAGGUGGAGUCGUGGGAGGUGUGGCCUUUGUUGUGAUAGUCGUGCUAUGCAUCUACUUCUUCUGGAUCAAGAAGAGGCGGGCUGAGCAAGACGCAGAGUUGGAGGAGGAAUGGGCCGACGAGAUCUCGAGCCAGAAGCGCUCGACACAAUUCACAACAAUGGGCGAUGCGGCUUCGACGCGGACUAGAGGAUCGCUUGCAGCCAGCAUUCUCAGCCGAGCGAGCAACAUCAUUCAGAUUGCCUACAUACCUGGAGUGACGAACCGCAAUGGAUCAGACCACAACAGCAUACACGCGCCCGUCCCGCCCAUCCCUGCUGCGCACCGGUCACAGCCACCAAAGAGUCCGCUCAGCAACGAAGGCGAUGCACUAUUCUUCCGGCCUGGAGAUCUCAGAGACAGCACAUGGUCUGGCACCUCAUCUAUCAACUCUGAUAAGCGCGACACACGUUACACAAUGACUUCUAUUUCGCCAUCACUCAUGCGGGAUUCCAUGGCCUCCGACACUUUCAUGGAUGACGCGUCAUCCCAACCCAUGCCUGCUGUCGCUGCGUCCCGGCUCGCACCCCGAAUGGUGUCCGUCAAGUCCAGCACAUCUUCAACCUCGUUAUCCGGUAGUAGCACUGGAGCGCCAACGCCGGAAGAGUCCAGUGGCAACGUGAAGACACUACAGGUCGUGAUGCCAGGGCAAGGAGCAGGUCUCUCGCCCAAUCCUUCAGUCCGCAGCGCAGGCAAAGUCAAGCAAGUCACAGUUGGCGGCACGAAAGGCCGAUUCCCGGUUCGCCAGACGAGUGACGCAUCAGGCGCUUCGACCGGCAAACAUGCGCCCAAUGUUUCGUCGCCGCUCGCUGAAGUAGACGAACCCGAGACUGCUUUGACCUCGGCGCAAAACACAGACUUCGUGACACCUCCAGCGGUGCAGCCGACGGAAUCUCCAUUCUUUGACGCGACCGAGCAACCUUCUGCAGCUGCAACAGCGGCAUCGAACAUGCGACCUAACCCGUAUGCCUCAAUGGCCAGGACGGUUGGAUCCAGCACAGAUGGCCCUGCGAGGAACCGCGGCAAGAGUAUCGGCGGGCUAAGCGCAGUGGAGGAAGAGGCGAUGAAGAGGGCGAGUAGGACCUCAGAAGUGGAUGAGAGGGCUGGCAAAGAUGACGCGAGCCCGUUCUCAGACUUGCACUCGACAGGCUGA